GCGUUGCCAGCAUAGGAGCUCUGGCAGAUGUCCCACAAGCUGUCACUUUGUUUACCUUGAUAGACGUUGGAAUAUUAGCUCUAUCUGAUCAGUGUCUCUGUGUGCGUGUCUGUGCGCGCGCCUUCAUUUGUGUCCCCUCCCUUGUCUUCUUCUCAGCUUCUCUCGUGUUUUCCUUGUCGCUGCGACUAUGGCAACGGCAGCGUGUCCCGUGGAGUGGCACGCCCGUCCGGUAGAGUUGCACGUGUCUCACCCGCACCUACCCAAUAGCACCAGCGUCACAGAGGCGUUGCCCUCGACGGUAUCUGCCUCCCCUGACGUCGCUCUCCACGCCGCUGGGCACAUCCUCUUCUUUCCUGUUCAUGGCGGCCCAGUCGUGGUGGCGCCGCUCACCGUGACGGUGGAGGAAGCGAAGGAACCACCCGCAACUUCCGCGGACGAGGCAAAGGGCAAUGUGCCAAAGACAGAGUCAGCUGCAACAGCUGCAACAGAAUCGGUUCAUUUACCAGAUGGCGUGAUGCAGUCGGCAGCUUGUGGUGCUUCUGCCGCUGUGGCAGCCGGGGAGUGGACGGACGCCGUAGAUGAGGAGGCGAUGGCUUUCUUUGGUGAUGAGGAUGAUGCGUAG